AAUGUGACACGUACAGGUUUAUUUCAUCGAGGAAUUGCUGAAAGUGGAAGUGCUUUUUGUGCCUGGGCUCUCGCAGAAAACACAAUUCAAAAGACUAAGGAAUUAGCUGAGUCACUAGGAUGUCCUACAUACUACUCGAAAGACACCGUCAAAUGCCUUAGAUCAAGACCAGAAUUAGCCAUUGCAGACUCUUUGAAAAAUUUCUUACCGUGGAGGUACAAUCCUUUUGCACCAUUUGGUCCAACUGUCGAAACAGGCGGAACAGAACAGUUUUUAACGGACUUACCAGAGAACUUACCGAUUCAAAAUGUCCCACUGUUGUUCAGCUUUACUAAAGACGAAGGCCUCUUUCCAGGCGCUCAAUUUAUAUCAGACGAAGAAAUUCUAGUUGACAUGGAAUCUAACUGGAACGAAAUACUACCAUUCAUACUUGACUACAAUUACACAAUUUCAGAUGAAUCACUGAGAUCGGAAAUCGCACAGAAAAUAAAAACAUUUUACUUUGGAAACAACAAAGUGUCUGUAAACACUAAAAAUGAAGUUGUUAAAGUAAGAUAAUUAGUAUUUUAAGCUCAUAUUAUAUAAAAUAUACAU